AUGCGUGAAAUUGUUCACAUUCAAGCCGGUCAAUGCGGAAAUCAAAUCGGAACUAAGUUUUGGGAAGUGAUUUCUGAUGAGCACGGUGUACAGUCCGACGGUUCAUACAAAGGAGAAUCUGAUUUACAAUUAGAGCGAAUUGAGGUCUACUAUAAUGAAGCUCAAGGCGGAAAAUACGUUCCUCGAGCUGUGCUUGUUGAUUUGGAACCUGGAACGAUGGACGCAGUGAAAUCAUCAACGUACGGAAAGAUAUUUCGCCCUGACAAUUUUGUUUUUGGUCAAACAGGAGCUGGUAACAACUGGGCUAAAGGUCACUACACAGAAGGAGCUGAACUAAUUGAUGAAGUGCUCGACGUAAUUAGAAAAGAGGCUGAGAGUUCUGACUGCCUACAGGGAUUCCAAUUAACUCACUCGCUGGGUGGAGGAACUGGAUCUGGCAUGGGUACGUUGUUAAUAGCGAAAAUCCGCGAAGAGUAUCCAGAUAGAAUUAUGGCAUCGUUCUCCGUCUUUCCGUCACCGAAGGUUUCUGACGUUGUUUUGGAGCCCUACAAUGCAACCCUCACUGUACAUCAAUUAGUCGAAAAUACGGAUGAAACGUUUUGCAUCGACAAUGAAGCGCUGUAUGAUAUCUGUCAGCGCACUCUAAAGCUUUCGUCACCAACUUACGGAGACUUGAAUCAUUUAGUAUCCAAUACGAUGUCCGGUGUCACAACAUGUCUACGUUUCCCUGGCCAACUAAAUGCCGAUCUACGGAAAUUAGCAGUUAAUAUGGUCCCAUUUCCACGUCUGCACUUUUUUAUGCCUGGUUUUGCUCCAUUAUACGCUCGUGGAGCAGCUGCGUAUCGGUCAACAAGUCUCAACGAGCUCAUUCAGCAGCUAUUUGAUCAUAAAAACAUGAUGGUUGCAUGUGAUCCUCGACAUGGACGAUAUUUAACAGUAGCAGCAAUGUUUCGCGGAAGACUAUCAACCCAUGAGAUGGACACUCAAGUGUAUCAAAUGCAAAAUAAAAAUUCUUCGUACUUUGCUGAGUGGAUACCAAACAACAUAAAAACUGCAGUCUGCGAUAUUCCCCCCCGGGGUCUGAAAUUAGCAGCCACUUUUCUCGGCAAUACAACUGCAAUUCAAGAAAUUUUUGUACGUAUAGCAGAACAGUUUGAAGCUAUGUUUCGUCGCCGUGCAUUUCUACACUGGUAUACCGGAGAGGGAAUGGACGAAAUGGAGUUUACAGAAGCUGAAAGUAACCUUAACGAUUUGGUUGUAGAGUACCAGCAGUAUCAGGACGAUGCGGAAGAUUUGGGCGACGAGGAUAUUGAUCAGGAACGCGCUGAAGCUGACGAUCAAGAAUAA